ACUGCAACCAACUUUUUUAUUAAUAACCUUUUUUUCAUCGUACAGAUUGUGGCAUCAGUGAAUUGUUUUGGUUUCUCAUAACCUGUAUCGAUGGAGGAUACUUGUGAUAUGUUGUGUUGAAUAAUGUCUUUAAAUUGUUUUUAUUCUUGUUAACUUACGAACCUCCUUGAUAAAAAAAGUGAUAUAUAAUUUGGUUUAGAGAUGAGAGAUCACAGAAAACGUUCCCGUAGUCGCUCUACGAGUCCAUCUGAAAGGAGAAGAAAACGCAGUAGGGAUAGGGAUAGAAGAAGAAGGAGUCGAAGUAGAGAAAGAUCCUCUGGCAGAGAGAGAUCCAGAAGAUCUCGAAGUCGAGAAAGAGCAAAAGAAAAACGAUCAUCAGAUUCAAGAUCUAAGCGGAGAAAUCGCUCACGUUCCCGUUCAAGAACUAGAGAAAGAGAGAGGAUUGUAAAAAAAGAGGAAAAAAAAGAAGUCAAAGUUGAAGUUGAUGAACCAUUUGAUCCUACAAAAAUUGACAAGGAAGAAGAACAAAAAAGGUUAGAACUUGAAAUGCAAAAAAGAAGAGAAAGGAUUGAAAGGUGGAGAGCAGAAAGAAAGAAAAAAGAAGUUGAGGCAGUUAAAAAAGACUUGAAAACAUCUCUAGCAAAUCUUCAGUUACCUUCAAAAAAAUGGAAUCUGGAAGAUGACAGUGAUGAAGAAGAAGAAUCUAAUAAAGAUGCUAAUAAAGAAGGUGAAGAAGAAGAAGUCGAUCCAUUGGAUGCAUUUAUGAUGGAAGUACAAGAAGAAGUAAGGAAAGUUAACAAAUUGGACAAUAAGGGAGGAAAACCUGAUAGUAUUGAAGGAAAACCAAAUGCUCAGAAUAAUAAUUCAGGAGUUGUAAUUAUGACAGGGGUAGCUAAGAAGAAUAACAUUGCUAAAAACAAAGGUGAACUUAUAGAACAGAACCAGGAUGGUUUGGAGUAUUCCUCUGAAGAAGAACAAGAAGACCUUACUUCAACUGCUGCAUCGAUUGCUAAUAAACAAAAAAAAGAAUUGGCUAAGGUUGAUCAUGCAGAUAUGAAUUACAUUGAAUUCAGGAAAGCUUUUUAUGUCGAAGUACCUGAAAUUGCAAAAAUGACUAAUGAUGAAAUAGAAGCCUACCGAGAGGAACUAGAAGGGAUCAGAGUAAAAGGAAAAGGGUGCCCAAAACCUAUAAAAUCAUGGGCACAAUGUGGAGUAAGUAAGAAAGUGUUGGAUAUUUUAAAGAAACAGGGUUAUGAAAAGCCAACUCCCAUACAAGCGCAAGCAAUUCCUGCCAUCAUGUCAGGUCGAGAUCUUAUUGGAAUAGCUAAAACAGGUAGUGGUAAAACUUUGGCUUUUGUCCUUCCUAUGUUAAGGCAUAUACUAGAUCAACCUCCUUUAGAAGAUACAGAUGGUCCAAUAGCUAUCAUUAUGACCCCAACCAGAGAACUUUGUAUGCAGAUUGGAAAGGAAUCAAGAAAAUUUACUAAGUCACUUGGCCUUAGAGCUGUUUGUGUUUAUGGAGGAACUGGUAUUUCUGAACAAAUUGCUGAGCUUAAAAGAGGUGCCGAGAUAAUAGUUUGCACUCCCGGAAGAAUGAUCGAUAUGCUAGCUGCUAAUAGUGGAAGAGUCACCAACCUGAGGCGAGUUACAUAUGUUGUACUCGAUGAAGCAGAUAGGAUGUUCGAUAUGGGGUUUGAGCCACAGGUUAUGAGGAUUAUUGAUAAUAUUCGGCCUGAUAGGCAAACUGUGAUGUUUAGCGCCACAUUCCCACGACAAAUGGAAGCUCUUGCCAGAAGGAUAUUGACGAGACCAAUUGAAGUCCAAGUUGGAGGACGGAGUGUUGUAUGCAAAGAUGUUGAACAACACAUUGUUAUUCUCGAAGAAGAGCAAAAAAUGCUUAAACUGCUUGAAAUUCUUGGCCAUUACCAAGAGCAUGGAAGUGUUAUAGUAUUCGUUGAUAGGCAAGAAAGUGCUGACGCUCUUCUAAAGGAUUUGAUGAAAGCAUCAUAUCCAUGUCUAACUCUUCAUGGUGGGGUGGAUCAGUAUGACAGGGAUAGCACCAUUGUAGACUUUAAAGCAGGGAAAGCAAAGCUAUUGGUUGCAACAAGUGUGGCUGCGCGUGGACUUGAUGUUAAGCACCUUAUUCUGGUUGUAAAUUAUGAUUGCCCAAAUCAUUAUGAAGAUUAUGUUCAUCGAAAUGGCAGAACUGGAAGAGCUGGGAAUAAAGGUUAUGCAUAUACCUUCAUAACUCCUGAACAAGGAAGGUAUGCCGGAGAUAUUGUGAGGGCUUUGGAAUUGAGUGGUGUUCCUGUACCUGAUGAUGUCAGAAAUCUGUGGGAAACCUAUAAAGCUAAACAAACGGCUGAAGGUAAAAAAGUACAUUCGGGUGGAGGUUUUAGUGGAAAAGGAUUUAAAUUUGACGAGAAUGAAGCUAUGAUUGUUAAUGAGAAAAAGAAGUUCCAGAAAGCAGCCCUAGGAUUGCAAGACUCAGAUGAUGAAGAUCUAGAAAACGAUAUUGACCAACAAAUAGAAAGUAUGCUUGCACCUAAAAGAACAGUGAAAGAAAUUCGAGCUCCUCUUGGUUCUGUACCGAAUGCUACUGGUACAGGAAUUGCUGCUACAGAUAAACUAGAACUUGCCAGAAGACUGGCUUCAAGAAUCAAUAUGGCAAAGAAUUUAGGAGCAGAAGCUAAAGGAGCUACUCAACAAGCUGCCGAAGCAAUACUUAAAGGAGGCGGAUCUCAGCCCAUUAUAACAGCUAAAACUGUCGCUGAACAGCUGGCUGCCAAACUCAACACUCGUCUUAAUUACCAGCCAAAGGAAGAGGAUGACAAAGCUGAAGAUGAGCAAGUUGAGACAUUUAGAAAAUAUGAAGAAGAAUUGGAAAUUAAUGACUUCCCACAACAGGCUAGAUGGAGAGUAACGUCCAAGGAGGCGUUAGCUCAGAUAUCUGAAUAUUCUGAAGCAGGUAUUACUGUUAGGGGAACUUAUUACCCAACUGGUAAACCUCCACCAGAAGGAGAAAGGAAAUUAUUCCUCGCCAUUGAAAGUACAAAUGAAUUAGCAGUUUCAAAAGCAAAAGCAGAAAUCACAAGACUUAUAAAAGAGGAACUUCUCAAACUACAAACAUCAGCCCAUCAUAGCAUUAACAAAGCGAGAUAUAAAGUUGUUUAAUUUAGAAAUACAUGUAUUUACAAAUUUAUUUUAGAUUUUUAUAAUUAUUUUACAUAAAUUUUACUAUGUAAUAUAAAUAUUUUCUUUUAUAUUGUAGGAUUCAAUAAAAAAAAUUAAUUUUUAUUUAUCCAGGAGUUUAUUCAGACUUUUCUAAUUAUAUAGAUGUUAAAUUGUGGCUAUUAACUUCAUGUAUAUAUUUCUAGUUCUUUAAGAAGGUAUAUAAUCUUUACUGUGUCGAAAGAACAUAUCUGUUGAAAUUUAAAUAUGUCUUAAUCUCUAUUAAACAGUUCUUGUAAUUUUUUUUUUAAAUCGUCUAGUACACCUAUCAGAUGCUUAUUGAUGUUGGUUUCUGUAUUUCAUCAAUGAAAAACAACUCUCUCCUUCAUUCCUUCCUUAACAGCUUGAUUCUCAGUGAUAUGUUCAUUUUAUGAUUUGUUAUACUGUUAGCAUUGUUACAUUAUUUUAUUUUGGCCUUAACUCUUGCUCCCAACACAUUAUUUAGAAAACGAUAGGUGCAAUUUCCUGAAGAAUUUCUAAGCUGUCCAGUGAAUGAUGAGAACUGGGAAUGCCACAGUUUUUCGGAGUACUAUAUUUUUGUGAAUGCUUUAAUUGUAUAAUAGAAAGGAGGGGGGGCGAUGAUGAUAUGACUAUAACAGUAUUGCUUGGUAUAAAUGUCUCGAUUAAAUUCUAAAAUCUGUUGUUUUUUUCUGUUCUCAAUGGCAUUAGAUAACAGCUUACUUAGCCUGGGGACAUAAUUGUUUAUAGACUUCAAAAUUAUUGCUUUAGGUUCUUUUUUUUAAUAUAUAAAGAUAAUCACUCUAGGAGAAAAAGAAGAAAACUAAGUACCUAUAUAAUAUAGAGUUUAAGCAAUUCUUUAAGUACUAUUAAACAUAAUUACACAAACAAUAAUACUUUAAGAGGUAAUUAUUAAAUAUUUUUUUCAUAAGACGGUUAUAUCUUAACAUUUUAGAGGGAGGCUUCAGUUCAAAAGUACCCUCCCCCUUCCCCCUGUAAAUCCGCUUGUGCAUUGAGUAAAUGUAUAAAUGGUACAAGGUGAAUGACACCCUUAAUUGGUUAAUUAAUAUUUACUUGUAAAGUAGGAUCAAUCUUCAUGAUCAUGAAUCAGCCAACGCCUGUAUCUAAAGAAACUUUAAUUUAUAGUAGUUUUGGUAGUCUUAAUAUGAAAACAGUUGGUGAUUUAUAAUUUCUUUAAAUUUUUUCCUUGUUAAAUCUUAAUGUAAGAUAAGAUAUGAACUUUAAAAAAAAUAUAUCAAUAAAAAGUGAAUAUUGCAAGUUGGUAACUAAUUUGAUUGAGAGUAAACUAAAAAUUUUUAUCUAUAUAAUAAAACCUGUUAACUUAU